GUGCUAAUUCCCCGCAAGGAGCGGGUCCCACCACAGUUUCUUGAGCACUCAAAGGGUGAAUUUCGGGGGAUUAAGAUGUCGGCUGUCCGACGGGUGGAGCCGCCCUGCGACUGCGCCGCCAAGGACGGGGCAAGUGAUCCCACCGUCAUAUUCGAGAACAAAUACGAGUUCUGCGGAUACAAUUUAAAGAUCGCUCGUUUCAUCAAUGCGAACCUCGGCUUCUCGGCCUACGUCUGGGAAGCUGGGGUCGCUCUUUGCCGGUACUUUGAGAAGCAGAACGCCAGUUUUACUGGGAAGACGGUGAUUGAACUGGGAUCGGGAACUGGGAUCGUGGGGAUCUUAACAACGUUACUUGGUGGAGAAGUGACCAUGACGGAUAAACCGAACACCCUGAAGCAAAUAGAAAACAACGUCUCCAUCAACAUCCCCUCUGCGUGCAGGCACCGGAUAAAUGUCCAGGCCCUGACAUGGGGUGAAGACCACGCCCGCUUUCCCACCAAUUAUGACUUCAUCUUGGGUUCUGAUAUUGUGUACAGCUCAGUUAGCUACCCGGCACUCGUGGAGACAUUGUGCCAUCUCGCCCAGCAAGGAGCUACAAUUUACCUCUCGUCCGAAUUACGAAAGAUGAAUGGUUCUCCCUACUUCCACGACGAGCUUCUACCUCGGCAUUUUAAUUGCCAGGUAGUUGAUAAGGUAGAUGGAAAAAAUGUUAUAGUGUAUAAAAUGACCAGAAUUGGUACAUAUCCACGGGAUGGGUGCUUAAACUAAAGAAAAAGCUUGGGAUCGUCUCAGCGAAUCUUAUAAGUUUUUGGUUUUAAAAUAAAUCAAAUAAAUAUCAUUCGCUGAAGGGUCUUAUUCGAUGUUUUUUUUAAUGUCGUAUUUCACCCUUAAUGCUACUUAACGAUGGCAGUGUUUCGUUUGUGUUGAUCAAGUGUUUGUUGGUUCUAUAUGGUAAUUGGUUUAAAGACACACAGCAACGGUCAGAACAUGGGGAAUUGUGAAAUCUUUCGUGCAAAAGACACAGUACGGGAGGAAACCGGUGGGCCAGGCAGCAUCUGUGGAGGGGAACAUACAGAUGACGCUUCAGGACGGGACCCUGCUUCGGACUGAUGGAGUAGAGGGGAGAUAACUGGAAGAGAAAAGAGAAGGGAGGGGUGAGGGAUGGGCUGGCAAGUGACAGGCGGACUCCCGUGAGGAUGCUUCGAUUGGCAGAUAGGUAAGCUGGGGGAGAGGAGGAUGAAGGUGAGAAGUGGAGAGGAUAAAAGCUUGAAGCUCGUAGAAAUCUGAUAAGGAAAUUGGGAAAUGUUGGAAGAGGGAAGGAUGGUGAGUAAAUUCAAGAUUACUCAAGAUUCCAGUAAUUGCAGUCUCUUGUGUCUCCAUACACCUACAUUAAGACAUUACUUGUGGUCGCCGGGGAGAUGGCCGGCAGUCUGUUCGUGUUUUCUUUGUUUUUGUUAUGUUUUAGUGUGUUAAAGGUUUGUUUAAAUGUUCUUCGGUUUGUUU